AUGACGAGAGAUUUAAGAAGAAGAGUUCUGGAGAGUCAUAAGACGGUAUCCAAAAAAGCUGCAUCGCGUGUCGGUUCGAAACCAGUAUCAACCGUAAAUUCAAAAACGAACUCGCACAAUGUCAGUCGCCACGGCUCGGAUGAGGAAGAUGGAAACAUGAGCGAUGAUGAUAGUACAACAUGGAGUGUUAAUUCCGUUGAUGACAUGCUCGAUGCGCCAGAACCGCAAGAAACAUCCGAUGUCUGGGAUCAAGAAUUAAGUGAUCGCAUUGGAGAAAUCGUGGAUCGGAAAAGAAGCAGCGAGGAGGGUCGUGAACGUGCUUUAAUGGCAUAUAAUCAUUAUCUCAUGCUUAGAUAUUGUUACGACGAAAUCGAAAGGAAAGUCGCAGAAUUAUAUCCUGCUUUGUGCAAAAGUAUCAAAGCCGACACGGGAGAGAAGGAAGCUUGUUUGGCACUGAGAGCUAUUGGCCUUACAAUUAUUACUUGCCCUUCCGACGAUGUUUACGAAGAUAUAUUUCGAUCUCUCAAGCAAGCCUACCAAAGAUCAGAGCAUGUUACUGUCAAAGCAGCAGCUAUACGAGCAAUCGCCGCAUUAGCAACCUACGGUGGCGCAUCCGAGACAGAAAUCAAUGAUAUUAUGGAUGAAUUCCUGGAAAUAGUCGAAUCUGAUGGUAAUUCAGUAGACGCCCCCGACAGUCCGGAAGUUGUGACAGCAGCAUGCGAAGAAUGGGGUAGUUUAGCUACCUUUGUGGAUGAUUUGGAAGAGAAGUCCGAGGCAGCGAUGGAAGCAUUUGUCGACCAAUUAGAAAGUUCCUCAACAUCAGUUCAAAUUGCCGCUGGAGAGAAUAUCGCCAUAAUCUACGAAAAAAGUUACACACCACGAGAAUCGGAUGAUCCUGAGGCUAGCGAGAAGGUAGACGAGCAUGGUUUCCCUCUCGAUGUCAGUCAAGUAAAACGCUACGAGCCAUGGCGUCAAAGGCAUCAACUCGAACAUACACUUGAAGAGUUAGCAAAAGCCUCAUCAAAAUCUAUAUCCAAGAAAGACCGAAAAACAUUACACGCUACCUUUGGAGAUGUUUUAGCGACAGUCAAAUACCCAGUUCGAGGACCUAGAUACUCAAAUGUUAUCGAUAAGAAUGGCCACUUACUAGGAUCUCGAAUGUUUGUUCGCAUUCACAAGAGUGGAGUCAUGAAAAUUGAUAAGUGGUGGAAACUACAUAGACUACAAUCUUUGAGAAGAGUUCUAGGGGGUGGUUUCAUGACCCAUUAUCAGCAUAAUGAGGUUGUCUUGCAGAGUCUACCUGUAUUAAUCACUAAAAACUAG